GUCGGUGGGAGCAGGAGCUGAACUCGCGCGACUGAAUCCAUGGCAACCGCAAUGGCAGAAGCUGAGGUACGUCAGAAACUGCUGCGCACCGUCAAGAAGGAGGUGAAGCAGAUCAUGGAGGAGGCAGUGACCAGGAAGUUUGUGCAUGAAGACAGUAGCCACAUUGUGUCCUUCUGUGCUGCUGUGGAGGCGUGCGUGUUGCACGGGCUGAAGCGGCGGGCGGCUGGGUUCCUGCGCAGCAACAAAAUUGCGGCGCUCUUCAUGAAGGUGGGGAAGAGCUUCCCGCCUGCUGAGGAGCUCUGCAAGAAGGCCCAGGAGCUGGAGCAGAUCAUCGAGAGCAAACGGAACCAGGUCCCGCUAAACCCUGAGACCACCCGCAAGCUGCCAAAGAUGCCCAACAUCUCCCCCCAGGCCAUUAAGCACCUCUGGAUUCGCACUGCCCUCAUCGAGAAGGUCCUGGACAAAAUUGUGCUUUACCUGGUGGAGAACAGCAGCAAAUUCUAUGAGAAAGAAGCAGUGUUGAUGGAUCCUGUGGAUGGACCCAUCCUUGCAUCUUUGUUAGUUGGCCCCUGCGCAUUGGAGUACACCAAGAUGAAAACAGCUGAUCACUUCUGGACGGACCCUUCGGCUGAUGAGCUGGUCCAGAGGCACCGCAUUCACAGCGCUUACUGCCGGCAAGACUCUCCCACCAAGCGGCCUGCUCUUUGUAUCCAGAAGCGACACUCCAGCAGCAGCAUGGAUGAGCGCCCAUCGCCCUCUCCCUCGGCACGGGACUAUGUGGAGUCGCUGCACCAGAACUCCAGAGCCACACUGCUGUUUGGGAAGAACAAUGUCCUUGUGCAGCCGAGGGAUGACAUGGAGGCUAUCCCAGGAUACCUCUCCCUCCAUCAGACAGCUGACGCCAUGACCCUAAAGUGGACACCCAAUCAACUGAUGAAUGGCACUGUAGGGGACCUGGAUUACGAGAGGAGUGUUUACUGGGACUACGCCAUGACUAUCCGCCUGGAGGAGAUAGUCUAUUUGCACUGUCACCAGCAGGUGGACAGUGGGGGCACAGUGGUGCUGGUGAGUCAGGACGGAAUCCAGCGACCCCCGCUGCGCUUCCCCAGGGGAGGCCAUCUGCUGCAGUUCCUAUCCUGCCUGGAGAACGGGCUCCUGCCCCAUGGGCAGCUGGACCCGCCUCUGUGGUCCCAGAGAGGAAAGGGAAAGGUUUUCCCUAAAUUGCGUAAGAGAUGUCCUCAGGGGUCCUCCGAGUCGGUCUCGGACAAAGAGGAGGACGAAGCCACAGACUACGUCUUCCGCAUCCUUUUCCCCGGCAGCCAGUCAGAGUUCGGCACACCAGACCUGAUGGACCAGGGUGCAACCAUGUGGCACCCCACCCCCAGGAAGUCCUCCUGCUCCUCCUGCUCCCAGAGUGGCUCCUCAGAUGGAGGUCAGCCCAAUGGGUGCAACCACGAGAGGGCACCUCUGAAGCUCCUCUGUGACAACAUGAAGUAUCAGAUCAUUUCCCGGGCUUUCUAUGGCUGGCUGGCUUACUGCCGUCACUUGUCCACCGUGCGAACCCAUCUGUCUGCUCUGGUCAACCACACCAUCGUUGAUCCGGACAUCCCAUACAACGCCUAUGGGGGUCUCACCGUCGAGGUCUGGCAGAGGUUUAUGCAAGACUGCGCUGCCUAUGAGGAGCAGGAGCUGCUGCGCCUGGUGUACUUUGGGGGAGUGGACCCCUCACUGCGCAAGGAGGUCUGGCCCUUCCUGCUGGGGCACUACCAGUUCGGGAUGUCGGAGGCAGAGAGGAAGGAGGUGGACGACCAGGUCCGAGCCUGCUACGAGCAGACCAUGAGCGAGUGGCUGGGCUGCGAGGCCAUCGUGAGGCAGCGGGAGAAGGAGCAGCACGCCGCCGCGUUGGCCAAGUGCUCCUCCGGGGCCAGCGUGGACAGCACCAUCCAGAGGAUGAUGCACCGGGACUCCACCGUCAGCAACGAGUCCUCUCAGAGCUGCAGCUCAGACAGACAGAGCCACGCACGGCUGCAGAGUGACUCAAGCAGCAGCACACAGGUGUUUGAGUCGGUGGAGGAGGUAGAUCAGAUUGAGAUGGAGCCCAAGAGCGAUGAGGCCAAACAGGCUCCCAAAAUCCCCAAUGGAGCGGUCCCCAAUGGCACAACCUCUCCAGACUCAGGGCAUCCGUCCUCACGCAAUUUCUCCAUCACCUCUGGCCUCUCAGACCGCUCGCUCAGCACAGAAGACAGUGCUGCCCCAGAGGCCACUGCCAAAACCGUUGCUUCGCAGCAGCCGCCGGCCCAGCCCAGCCCAGGGAAGACGGAGCAGCCAGCAGAUGUAUCCCCCAGCUCUAGCCCCAGCCACAGCGCUGAGCCACAGUCCCUGCCCAAUGGGAAAGAACUCCAGAUUGCAUCAGAGAAAGACACCGGAUCCUCUGAAACAGAGGAGAGCAAAGUAGCGGAAACAGAGGAGCAGAUCAAGUCACCAGAAACAAAGCAGAUCAAGUCACCAGAAACAGAAGUGGUCAGAUCUCCUGAAACAGAGAAAGUCAAAUCUCCUGAAACAGAGGACGUUAAAUCUCCAGAGGUAGAAGUGGUCAAAUCUCCUGAAACAGAAGAGGUCAGAUCACCUGAAAUGCAGGAUGUAAAACCUUCUGAAACAGAAGAGGUCAAAUUGCCUGAAAUGCAGGAUGUAAAACCUCCUGAAACAGAGGAAGUCAAAUCUCCAGAAGUAGAAGCGGCCAAGUCUCCUGAAAUAGAAGUGGUCAAAUCUCCUGAAAUGCAGGAUGUUAAAUCUCCUGAAACAGAGGAAGUCAAAUCUCCAGAAGUAGAAUCAGCCAAGUCUCCUGAAAUAGAAGUGGUCAAAUCUCCUGAAAUGCAGGAUGUUAAAUCUCCUGAAACAGAGGAUGUCAAAUUUCCAGAAGCAGAAGCAGCCAAAUCUCCUGAAACUGACAUGGUAAAAUCACCUGAAAUGCAGGAUAUUAAAUCUCCUGAAACAGAGAAAGUCAGAUCUCCAGAAGUAGCAGCGGCCAAAACUCCUGAAACAGAAGUGGUAAAAUCACCUGAAAUGCAGGAUGUUAAAUCUCCUGAAACAGAGGAAGUCAAAUCUCCAGAAGUAGAAGCGGCCAAGUCUCCUGAAAUAGAAGUGGUCAAAUCUCCUGAAAUGCAGGAUGUUAAAUCUCCUGAAACAGAGGAAUCCAAAUCUCCAGAAACAGAAGCAGUCAAAUCUCCGGAAACAGAAGUGGCCACGUCUCUUGAAACAGAGGGCAUUAAAUCUCCUGAAACAGAGCAGGUGAAAUCACCUGAAAUGCCAGAUGUCAAAUCUCCUGAAAUAGAGGACAUAAAAUCUCCUGAAACAGAGCAGGUAAAAUCACCUGAAAUGCCAGAUGUCAAAUCUCCUGAAAUAGAGGACAUAAAAUCUCCUGAAACAGAACUGAUUAUAUUUCCUGCAACUGAAGCGGUCAAAUCUCCAGAAACAGAAGUGUUUCAAGCUCCUGAAGGAGAAGUGGUCAAAAGUCCUCAAACAGAAGCAGUCAAAUCUCUUGAACAAGAAGAAUUCAAGGAUGCUGAGAUAAAGGAGAUCAAAUCUCUAGAGAAUGAAGAGGCUAAGGUUCCAGAGAUAGAAGUAGUCAAAUCUCCCAAAAUGGAGGAGUUGAAGGAUGUUGAAAUGAAGGAAGUGAAAUCUCCAGCAACAGAGGAGGCUGAGCCAUCUGAAACAAAAGAGACCAAGUCACCAGUAACAGAACAGAAAUCUCCUGAAAAAGAGCAGACUAAGGAUGUAGAAAUGAAUGAAGUAAAAUUUCCAGAAGUGGGGGAGGGCGAGGUUACAGAAAUUGAAGUGGCCAAAAUUCCUGAGACAGACAUAGUUAAGACUCUGGAGGCAGGCAGUGUAGAUAUAAACAAUGCGACGUCUCCAGAAAUGGAGGCGGCCCAGGCCCCAGAAAUAGAAAAGGAGAAGACACCAGAGGCAGAAGAGGUUAAGGCUUCAGAGGCUGAUGUGUUCAAGGUUUUUGAAACAGAAGAGGCCACAGCCCAGCAGAUGAGUGUAGCUUCCAGCACCAUGGACACCAGCGAGGCCCUGCUUACCAUAGAGUCAGAUGAGUCUCCGUCUGCGAUAGAAAUGGAGGAGAUUCCUACUGCUAAAGUGUCCAUGAUCUCUUGGGAUAGAAAAGCCCUUUCUGAAAGUGCGGGAGACUCCACAGGGGCAGGCCCAGCCCUGGGCGAAGUAGGAACAGUGGUAGCAGGCCUGCCAGUGCUUGAGCUGCGGUUGGAGGAGGAAGGAGAGAAGCCCAGCCCUGAGGGUACAGAAUCAGUCCUGUCAGAGGAGCCCGAAAUGGAGAGUCUCUUCCCGCAGUUUGACUCCCUUGCUGUUGGAGGGGAGGUGAAAAAUGAGGCCACUUCCCCUGUCUCCUCCAUUGGAACCACCUAUUCUCAAGAGCUGCUGGACAUGUACACUAUCAACCUGCACCGCAUCGAGAAGGACGUCCAACGCUGUGACAGAAACUACUGGUACUUCACUCCUGCCAACCUGGAGAAACUGCGCAACAUCAUGUGCAGUUACAUCUGGCAACACCUGGACAUUGGCUAUGUGCAAGGCAUGUGUGACCUGCUUGCACCUCUCCUGGUCAUUCUGGAUGACGAGGCUAUGGCCUUUAGCUGCUUCACUGAGCUCAUGAAGAGGAUGAACCAGAACUUCCCUCACGGGGGGGCUAUGGACACCCACUUUGCAAACAUGCGCUCCCUCAUCCAGAUCCUGGACUCUGAGCUGUUUGAGCUCAUGCACCAGAAUGGGGACUACACUCACUUCUAUUUCUGCUACCGCUGGUUUUUACUGGACUUCAAACGAGAACUGGUGUACGACGAUGUGUUUUCUGUGUGGGAGACCAUCUGGGCAGCCAAGUACACCUCCUCUGGCCAUUUUGUCCUUUUCAUUGCCCUGGCUCUGGUGGAGCUCUACAGGGACAUCAUCUUGGAGAACAACAUGGACUUCACCGACAUCAUUAAGUUCUUCAAUGAAAUGGCAGAGCACCACAACGUCAAGCAGGUCCUGACGCUGGCUCGAGACCUGGUGUGCAAAGUGCAGACGCUAAUUGAGAACAAGUGAUUCUGAAGAAGCAUCUGUCUCUCUGCUAAGUCAUUCUGUAACAGGCUUCCCAGUGUCCUCUCUGUCCCAGCUGUGUCCAAUCAGAGGCCUCACACACCAGCCUUCGUAGAAGGGAAACCACAUAUCCUUUCUACACCGUAGCCCAUUCAGCAUUCAUCAUUAUCUACCUGAUACCACUCAGUGUAUUCCACAUGAAUUGAUAAGCUGUGAAAGUAAGUACUUUUUCAUCAACCGGUUUUCCUUAGGGCCACAUGGAAUGAUACACUGGUUCAUUUGUGCAAAACGUGUCAAUUGCUGGUCUUUCACUGUGCAUUGUUCUUGUCCUAGACUGGCGCCAGUCUGGGUCUGAUCCUUUUUGGCAUGUUACAAGCCAUGUGGGACUAUUUGAUCAUGCUGUUAAACAUUACAGGCUCAAGUGUACAAGCUCCCAUCAGGAAGUAGCCUUUGUUUGAAAGAUUGUAGUGAACAUAGAGUAUUGGCAGCCAUGUCGAGUGAUACAGGUGUUUUGAAGUCAGUGCUGCCAACCUUAGAUCUCUGCCAACAGAGAGCCACGGUUCCAUGUGACCCUUUGCCAACACUUCAACAUUCCAAUGAGACACCAGCUAGUCAAAGCUGUACAAGUUUUGGGGCAGUCCAGCGGAGAGCUGGAAACUUAUGAGUCCGCACAUUGUGCUCUCAUGCGGUCCCCGUUAACUGAAAACUAUGUUGUUUACGUUGUGACUUUGAGAACCUCAGCUAUGUUCAGUUUGGUCUUGUGAUUGCUAGUAUGGGGGGUGCUUGAUGUAUCCUCCACUCUGUUGGUAUGGUGUAUGAUCACCACAUCACUGAGUAAUGAAGAAGGCUUGAUUGGCACCACAGAAAGUCACAUGGCUACACAAUGAAGCUCCACAGUGUCUUUGACUGGUUGUGCACUGUAACUACUUCCCUGUCCGAUAUUUUGGUAUGCUUUGUACAUUAUUCCAAUGUCAUUCACAGAGCCAUACACAUGUGCCAUAGAACAGGCUUUUACUCUGGAGUGAUAUAUCAAAGGAAGACCUCAGUGUAUUUUUGCCUUAAUUUGAACUGUCCUUGCAUGGUUCAUGUACUCCAGUCAAGGGAUGUUGUUAGUGGUUAUUAAUACAGAUCACUUGCAUUGCUGCAGUUACUUCACAGCCUAUAGAAGUGAUGUACUCACAGGUAAAGCUUAGUGAAUGCCACCAUUAAUUCUUAUCAGUAAAAACUCCUUUUGUCUCUACAUUUGUGCUGUUGUUAUGUAUGUCAGAGAAAUAUUAGUUCCAUCAUUCAAAAUGGAAUCUUGAAACCGUUGUGUCAAAUGUCUUCACAUUGUCCUGUUCCACGUCACUAUUUUACGCGGACCUCAGUUUCCAGGGAAACAUCUGUCAACGACAUAGUUCAGGCAAACCUGUAGCUUUCCACACAAGAAAAUAGCACACUGACAGAAAGGCUGUGGCACUUUUUCUUGUGCUUCUAUAGGGAGGUGAUGAUUUGUUAAUUCAGUGGUGAAAGAGAAUGGCCCCACCUUAACAGAGCUAAUGGCAGUAAAAUGGACACUGCUGAGACUUUGGAAAUCUUGCAGUAUCAUUAUCUUAUUCACUCUUUCUUAAUUCGAUUUUAUGACUUUACAUUGUUUUCUGUGUUCUUCAAAACAAGGCUGAUUUAUUUCAGACUGAGACAAGCUGCUGCUCUGUUACCCUGUGUGUAGGGACAUACUGGACAUAUUGCAUUCUGGGAAGAAACAUGAAUGCAGGAACGUGUUGAAACCUUGUCAGUAAUUUAGUCUAAUUGCCAGUGUUUUCAAUGACCUUUUUCCCUUCAUCUGGCAUUUGUGUCCAUGCUGAUAUGUCUCUGUAUAUUGCUGUCUGUGAAUCGUACUGUAACAAGGGGAAAUUAUCAACUCUAAAAGUGGCACAUUAUACACACAAACACACACAUACACACACACAGACACGCACACACACACA